UAAAAGUUGCGUUUUGAACUUUUAGAAAAGCUGAAGACAAAACGCGCAUAGAAAAUGGACCUUCAGCAGUCCAUAAAUCAAAACGCGCUAUGCGCGUUUUGUUAUAUUACCGUUAGCAAUAAUUGAAAGACCGAAAUACCCACAGACGCCCCUCAUCUCUGAUCUCUGCUCUCCCUUCGCAUUUGACGCCUCCAUCUCUUCUCUCUGCCUUGCUCUGCCUUCGUACCAAAAACACUGAUCUGCUACCAAAAACCAGAUGGGUAAAAACACAACUUCCAACCCCGAGGCAAAAAAGGCUAGAGCAUUAUGGGAUAAUAAUUCAAGUUGGACCACUACUUUUUGUAAUCUUUGUGUGGAACAGAUUCAACUUGGGAAUAGGAAUAAAGGUGCUGCCUUUAGUACCCUAGGUUGGACCAAUAUAGUGACCAAAUUUUGUGAUGAAACCGGUCAAAAUUAUGAUAGGGAGUAAUUAAAAAGUAGGUGGGAUGUGUUAAAAGGUGAUUGGAGAUUGUGGGAAAAAUUGAGGAUGCAUGACACAGGUUUAGGUUGGGAUACAGCGAAGGGAACAAUUCUUGCUCCUGAUGAUUGGUGGGACCGAAAGUUGAAGGAAUUACCCAAAGCUAAAAAAUUUCGAGAGAAAGGUCUACAGAAUCCAGAACAACUUGAUAUAAUGUUUAGGGAUGUUGCAGCAACUGGAGAAGCUGCAUGGACCCCUUCUUCAAAUACACUCCCUCCAACAAUGCCACAAGAGGGUGCUGGUGAUUCGGAUGGUAGCUCCGAAUUUAAGGAUAAUCAAUGUGACAUGAGUUUAGACAUUGAUAGUUUGCAACAAGGACAUACUAGUCAAUCACGUAGUUCAAGACUUAAGCGAACUAGUGAAUCUAUACCCUCACAGAAGAAAAAGAAGAAGAUAGGAGGAGCUGCAAUGUUGGACAAUCGUAUUAGUGAAUUAAUAACUGUAUGUAAGAAUAAGUCUGAAGGUACUUCUCGAGAGUCACCAAGUUCAGUUGAUAAUGUCAUGGCGAUUGUGAGAGCACUUCCUAGAGUGGAUAGUAAGUUUGUGGUUCAAGCUUCCUUAGCGUUACUAAAAAAGAUACAUAGGGAUAUGUUUCUAACUUUCAAGGAGCCAGAGUUACAGUUGGCAUACCUACAAGAAUUGAUUUCUUGGAAGCAAAAGAAGUGA